AUGAGUCUAGUGAACUCCAGGACCAGCUUCGAGGCGCUCGACUCCGACGACGCCUGCUGUGCAGCUAUGGCAGCUUGCUGCUUGAACACCAAGGAUGAUGUCAUCAGCCCGUCCGUGGAAACCCCCAGCGGAAACCCUUCCAGCCUGGUCAUGGAGGAGACUCAAGGCUACGACGUGGAUUUUGACCCCCCACUGGAGAGCAAGUAUGAGUGUCCCAUCUGCCUUAUGGCGCUGCGGGAGCCGCUGCAGACACCCUGCGGACACCGCUUCUGCAAGGCCUGCAUCCAGAAGUCUAUAAGAGACGCCGGGCCCAAAGUGUCCUGUGGAUAACGAUCUUCUCUUAGAGCACCAGCUAUUCCCGGAUAACUUUGCCAAGAGAGAAAUCCUUUCACUUAUGGUGAAAUGUCCUAGUCAAGGUUGCUCGGGCAAGAUGGAGCUGAGGAACCUGGAGAAUCACCAAGCACUCUGUGAGUUUGCCAGCGUGGAAUGCCGACAGUGCCAACAACUCCUCCAGAGAAGCCAAAUGCAGCAACACAUGGUGGUGUGUCCGAGGCGAGAAGUGUGCUGUGAAAACUGCCUUGUAUCUAUGCCCUAUGAGGAGAAGAUGGAUCAUGAACAAACGUGCCCUUUGGCCUAUGUGACUUGUGAAUAUUGUGAGACCAGCGGCCUUGUGCGACAUCAGAUGGCCUGUCACUAUAGCAUGGACUGUAUAAAGGCCCCUAUUCCAUGUAUGUACAGCCAGUUUGGAUGCACCGAAAAGAUGCAGAGGGAUGAUCUCGCUCAGCACCAGCAGGAGUUCACACAGGCUCACAUGCGGAUGAUAGCACAUCAUCUUCUAAGCUUCGGGACCUCCCUCACCCCGACCUCUCACAUGUCCAGCAUGCAGCUUGACCCCAGCCAGUUCGAGCCUGGGCCUUCUUCAGGAUUCACAAUGCCUUCUCGUCUGAUGUCUUCACAACGUGAUGCCAGUCAAGAUCAGCAGCAGCUAAAGGAGACCAUCGAGCAAUUGGAGGCACGUCUAGUGAAGCAAGACCACCAGAUCCGAGAGCUGAUGGCCAAAAUGGAAACCCAGACUGUCUUAGUAACCGAUCUAAAGCAAACCAUCCGUACCUUGGAGGACAAGCUUGUGGAAGUGGAGGCUCAGCAGUACAAUGGUGUCUUCGUGUGGAGGAUCCAUAAUUUUAGUGCCCACGUAAAAAACCAGGAGGAGGAGAGACCAGUAGUCAUUCAUAGUCCAGGAUUUUACACUGGAAAGCCAGGU